AUGCCAUGGGAUGAAAUCCCUGCUGAAGCCUUGACCCAAAGGUAUACGACAGCAGAGCCAAAACCGGAUGCCUCAGCGGAAUUUACCCGCAUAUGCACAUCAGUUGAAACCGCAGCAGCAACGGUCCUCCAAGACAAGGGUAAGUGCAUGCCACCCCAAAGCAUGGGCCGAGCUCAAACUACUGAGGUGCGAUGGAAACAGGAGUACAGUGCUCCGCCCAGAGCGCCCCGCCACGGGGAAUAUCAGCCAGGGUCUCACGGCCUUAAUUUGCAGCAUGCAAGAUGGCUCCGUCAAUACCGUAGGCUGCUCAACAUGACCAGGAUCCAUGAGCCCGCCACUGACAAAGCAAGGACACAUCGUGCCAACCUGUGGAAUAGCAUAGUUCUGGCGACGGGUUUUUCCCCAUCAUUUCAACUAUGGUGGUUUCAAGCCUAUGGCCUAUGGUUGAUCCCUGAAGUAGCACCACCCACUGAUGAAGUCAUCCAAAUGUGUGGAAGCUUCCAUGAGCACCUGCAAGCCUUUGAGAAAGCCUUGAACCAACAUCGAAUGAGCACAGCCAAACAAAGGAGGAUAGAUGAUCCCAUGGUGAUCUUCAAAGACCUCAAACAGCCUGCAGCACAGCCAGUGCAAAUGCUCCUCAAUAAACCAGCAGCCACCGUCAUAGCCGUAGAUCAGCCAGACCAAGCCGUUGAAGUAGCACCUGACCAAAAGUGGGAUGCCACUAUCCCAGUGCAGCUGCCUAAUGGUUCCUCACAGGUUAUACAUGCAGAGCCAGAUAAACUGUGGGUAGACCAGCUUCAUGAUAUAGAGGUCGGUGAUAAGAUCUACCAAGACCAGUACGUUGGGGAACUCACUGAACUCUUCCGGCAAUUUGGCCAAGAGUGGACAAAGAGGUGGGACCGCCACCUGGAAGUAGAUGCCCACAAAUGGGACCCGGUAAUUGCCUUUGCCGAACAAGUACUCCCGAUGCCUAGCCCAAUGGAAUACAAACCGUUGACAGUUGCAGACUGGGACAAUGCCCUGCGCAAGAAAUCCAAGAAAGCAGCCACAGGCCCAGAUGGCCUUAGCAGAGCCGACAUGUUGCAUUGGCCCCUCCCCGCCAAGCAAGCUUUGGUUGACUUGCUCAACCGAAUCGAGCAAGGGCUCCGUCACCCCAGUGUGACUUUGUGGAGUUUUGUAGACAAUAUAGAGUCAACAGCGCCAGAUGCCCAAGCAGCCGUCCAAGCAUUGGAGACGUUCCAUAGCUUUAGUGACGUGAUGGAUGUCGCCAUCGACAAGGAAAAGUCCUACAGUUGGUCAGUUGAUGCCUCCCAACGAAAAACCUUGCGUGACCAGCACCAGGUAAGAGCUUUGGUAGCAAAAGCAUGGCCCUCAUGCCUUCAUGGCGUUGCCUCCGCGCACAUGGCAGAUGACCACUUUGACAAGCUCCGUACUGGAGCCCUGCAAGGCCUGUGGGAGCAUAGCAGUGGCACAUCUCCAGCCAUACACCUCAGCCUGGUAGAAGGACCAUUGGCCGACCCGCAGUUCCAAGCCUUGUGGCAAACAGUGCAGAUGUACAGGGAACACAACCAAACAGACGACUGUACAUCGUUCUGCAUGAAAGAGCUCCACUAUACCAGAAAGACCUAUGUGCCGAGGCCAGGCCCAAUGUCUGUCCUCCUUAACAGAUUGCACCAGAUUGCGUGGUCAUGGACUCAAGGAACCGAAUUCCUAGACCAUGCCAUGCAAGUCAUUGACUUGCGCAACUGUCCAGUCCAAGAGCUUAAAGGAAGACUGACCGAAGCAUGUCAAGUGCGCAUCCAAGGCAUUGCGUCUAGCCGGAAAACUUUCCAAGGAAUGCAAUGGAUGAAUGCACCACUUACCAUGGCAGGAACACGUCACCUCCCGGCAGAGGACAAAGCUCUGCUGCGGGUAUGUUUAAAUGGCACCUUCUUCACAGCAGACAGAAAGAAACACCAGAAGGGGCAAGGAGAUACGUCAUGUAAGCAUUGCGGCCUCCCUGACUCCCAAGUUCACAGACACUGGCUGUGUGCAGCCUUUACCCCAUGCCGGACUGUGUCCGAAACACAGGCCAAUGAAGUGGCACAGAUGAUGCCGUGCAUUUCAGCACAUGGAUGGAUGCCCGAGCCACCCAGUUUGCAGCCUUUCAGACGAGAGUUAGCAAAGAUCCCGGAUGAAACCAAAAGCUUCCUUGCGCCACCUGCCACCACGGAAGUUGUGUAUGCCUUUACUGAUGGCAGUUGCCUCGCCCCGACAUGUUCCCUCAGCAAGCUUGCAACCUGGGGAGCGGUGAUAGCAAUGCCAGACAUGGCCACCUUCUGGCCCCUUGCUUCCGGUGUGGUCAAGGGGUGGGUCCAAACUGCCUUGAGAGGAGAGAUCAUCGCAGCAACAAGUGCAUGUUGGUAUGCAGUGCAGGUGAAACCUCGACGACUCCGCAACGCUGAGUCGCUGAGACAAUCAGAAAAG